GCUAAACCAAGCAAAGAUUAGACACUCCUGUACUAAUCACCCAAUCAACCACACAAGAACCAAGCACUAAUCAAGAAACAAACAGCUCACUCCAGAUUCAUUCCAUCACCCAGGGUCCAAAUCACCCAUCCACCCAACUCCAGAAACCCCCAAAUCCCAAGCUCUUUUCUCUCCUCCCCCCCACACCACCAACCUCCAUUUUGCUCAAUCCCCCAAGCACCAGCACACGCACACAUCAGAAAUCUGACGAGGAAAUUGCCGGAGAAAGCAGCCGCCGCCGGGGUGGAGCUCAUCAAAAGCAGCAAUCCUUCCUGUUCUGCCCUGCCCCCCGGAGGCAGCUGCUUUGCUGCCCCCGGAAGUUGCGAGGAGAUUGGAGGAAAGCGCAGUCUCUCCUCCCAAUGGGGAGUAGGAGCAGAGGAGGGGGAGGCAGGUUGCUGCUCCUCUUCCUCCUCUCCCUGCUUCUGCUGCAAUGGUCGGUGGUGUCGGCGGCGGGUGGGGGUGGUUCCGGGGAACCGUACGUCGGAGUGACGAUCGGCACGGCGGUGACGAACCUGCUGUCGCCGUCGGACCUGGCGGAGUUCCUCCGGGCGCAGCGCAUCACCCACGUGCGCCUGUACGACGCCGACCCACGCCUCCUGUCGGCGCUGGCGUCCUCGGGCGCCCGCGCCGUCGUCGGCGUCCCCAACGACGAGCUCCUCGCGCUGGGGUCCUCCCCGGCCACCGCCUCCGCCUGGGUCGCCCGCCGCGUGCUCCCCUACGCCGGUGCCAACUCGAGCAGCCCGGGGCUCAUCACCGCCAUCGCCGUCGGCGACGAGGUCCCGACCGCGCUACCCUCCGCGCUCCCCGUGCUGCUCCCGGCCAUCCAGUCCCUCGCCGCCGCGCUCGCCGCUGCGAACCUCUCGUCCAUCCCGGUCUCCACCCCGCUCCCCUUCUCCGUCGUCCUCGACCCCUUCCCACCCUCACAGGCCUUCUUCAACCAGUCGCUCGCCAAGUCGUUCCUCCUCCCGCUCCUCUCUCACCUCGCCAACACCUCCGCGCCGCUCAUGCUCAACCUCUACCCCUACUACUCGAUGAUGCAGAGCAACGGCGUGAUCCCGCUCGACAACGCGCUGUUCAAGCCGCUGCCGCCGUCGCUAGAGAUGGUCGACCCCAACACGCUGCUCCACUACACCAACGUGUUCGACGCGAUGCUCGACGCGGUGCAAGUCGCCGUGAAGAACCUCAACGUGACCGGCGGCGGCGUGCCGGUGUUGGUCACGGAGACCGGGUGGCCGUCGUACGGGGACCGCAAGGCGGAGCCGUACGCCACGCGGGACAACGCCGACGCCUACAACUCCAACCUGAUCAAGCACGUCUCCGACAAGCCCGGCACGCCGAUGCGCCCCGGCGCGCAGGCCAGCGUCUACAUCUACGAGCUCUUCAACGAGGACCUCCGCCCGGGCCCCGUGUCGGAGGCGAACUGGGGGCUCUUCCACGGCAACGGCACGCCGGUGUACCUCCUCCACGUGUCCGGCACCGGCGGGUUCCUGGCCAACGACACGACGGACCGGACGUUCUGCAUCGCGUCCGACGACGCCGAUGAGAAGGCGGUGCAGGCGGCCAUGGACUGGGCGUGCGGCCCCGGGCGCACCGACUGCACGGCGAUUCAGCCCGGCCAAGGGUGCUACGAGCCCAACGACGUGCGGAGCCACGCCUCCUACGCCUUCGACAGCUACUACCAGUUGCAGGGCAAGGCCGCCGGCUCCUGCUACUUCCAGGGCGUCGGCAUGGUCACCACCACCGAUCCCAGUCAUGACAGCUGCAUCUUUCCAGGAAGUAAGCUGUUGAGCAACGUCACCAAAUCUGACGGGGCAAACACAACCACCUCGCAGACAAGUGACGCAGAGGGCUCUGCGAUAUGGAGGCUAAGAACUGGAAGGGAGACAGGUUUCUUGUUUCUCCUCCGUUGGUUGUUGAGCUUGAUGGUGGUGUUUAUCAUCACGAAUUCAAACUUUUGGACAUGACAAGAGCAUGUUAACUGUAACAAAUAUGGAAAUUUUGGGAGGACACUUUAGAUCAGGAGCAUGCAGUGGCGGACUGGCGGUAUGUUUUAGUGAUUCUUUAUUGUUAGAUAAGUAUCAAUAAAUCAUUCUUCUUAAUUUAUAGCUAAAGAAAUGUGCAUGAUCUGCUAAAA